AUGUGCAAAGAAAGAACACAGUGCAGCAAUUAACAUGGUGAACGCCAAUGGCUCCAUAAGAAAGGAGUAAGGCUAUAAAAAUUUAUCGGCUCUGUGGUAUUCUGUUUGAUACGUCGUAAUAGAUCUGAUUAGAACUUCUAAUAAUGGCAAAUUCGAAAAAAGAUUCGAAGACGAAAAGCGGCGACGAGAUAUUGAUGGAGUUUCAAUCACUUCGUAAUGAACAGAGAUUGCUGGCGAGUAAACUGUCAGAAAUGGAAAUGGAAUUGAACGAGCACAAAAUCGUUAUUGACACACUAAAAAAUGUGGAUCCCAAGAGAAAGUGUUACAAAAUGAUUGGUGGUGUUUUAUGCGAGCGCACAGUGGAAGAUGUAAUGCCUGCUCUGGUCACAAACAAAGAACAGUUGUUGAAAGUAAUAGAUACCCUAAACGAACAGUUAGCAAAAAAAGGAGUUGAGAUAAAUGAAUACAAGGAUAAGCACAAUAUUAGAAUCAAAGGUCAAGAUGAUUUGCCACAAGAAGAGGAAAACAGUAAAGAAGAAAAGAAAAAUGUUCUUGUCAAUCCAAAAAUGUUUGACGUUUUACAAUAAAAUAUUUUAUGGCAUUACA